UGGGAGGAGUCAAGGAAAGAUUGCAUUACACGUGGCUCAACUCUUCUCAUCCUGAAAAUCAAGAAAGAGCUGGAUGUGCUGCUGCCACCAACCGGUAAUAAGAGAUUCUGGAUUGGGCUGAGCAAAGUCUCCGGGACUUGGAAAUGGGUGGAUGAAACCGUCCCAACAUUUACAAACUGGAAUCGUGGUGAACCAAACAACUAUGAUGCUCGAGAGCAUUGCACAGAGAUGAUAGCAGGGGGAUGGAACGACUUGGACUGUGGCAACACCAUAGACUACAUCUGUGAGAGAUUGGCAGACUGCUGA